AAGAUCUAAAGAAGUUUUCUAAAAAUGGAGAACAUUUCUGCAAGGAGCUCAUGGGCAUCUUCCAGCAAAGGGCAGACCUGGAAAUCAGCUACGCAAAAGGAAUGCAAAAAUUAUCUGUCAAGCUGGCAAAAGUCACAAGCGGCAUGAUCAAAAACUGCACUUACAAUGCAUGGAACCACGUGUCCGAGGAGAUGGAGUCGACGGCCGACCUCCAUCGAAAAUUAGGUCUUGCCUUCCUAGCUGAAGCCAUUCCACCCAUUCGGCAGAUCGCUGAUGAGCAUAACAAGAAGAAAAAGCCUUUAGACAUUGCUGUAGAGAAGACUGGAAAGCUUGUUGUCUGCAACUGGAAUGAACAGAUUAAGGCUAAAAAGAAGCUAUAUUUAUCAACAAAAGAAUACGAAUCACUUUACAGGUUUAUAGAAACAAAUUCACAUUUGGCAACAGAGAAAGAAAAGCAGAAGAUGAAAAACAGGCUGAAAAAAUUGGAAGAUGCGCUUUUAAAGCUGGAUGAAGAAUACUUCAACAUGAAUGUGGUGGGACAUCAGAUCCGACUGAAAUGGGAAUCCACCCUGAAGAACUGUUACCAGAGCAUUCAAGAACUGGAAAAACAAAGAAUUCUGGUUUUAUGUGACAUCCUGACGAAGUAUCACCAACAUAUUUCUAGUUUUGGGCAAACUCUCUCUACAUUCUACAGACAAAUAGAUCAAGAUGUGAAGAAGAUGGACGUUGAAAAAGACAUCCAAACCUUAGUGGAUGAAACAGCCUUUAUGGAAAAAGACAACAAAGCAGAAUUCCUGCUGGCAGAUUAUUUUGAAGAAGAUAUGAAGAAUGGGAUGAAUUUAGAAAGAAGAAAAAACUCCAUCGGGAAGAAGCUUCAGAGAUUAUCUGAAAACCUGAUGAAAGCCAAAAAAAACAAGGAAGGGUUAGAAAAAAUGAUUGCCACCUACAAUCAAACGCCGUCAUUUUCUAAUAAGGCAAACCUGGAAGAGGCUGAGCAGCACCUGGAGGAGGUCAGUCUGAAGAUAGACCUCUUAGAAGCAAACUACUACAAACUGAUGGAAAAAAUGGCAGAAUUAGAAGGAAAACCCAAGCUCCUGCAUCAUUACAGUGACAGCAUCUUAAAAUGGAAAGAUAAGGACCUGGAGCACAGUGUGGUGCAGAUAUCGCGCGUUGUGAAGAUGAGAAAAGCCCAGUUUGUGCCAAAAUGUUCCACUAGAGAGCCAGCAGGGUCCAGUGUCCAGCAAGCGUCCAUAUCCUGCGGUCAGUCGACAGCAGCCGGCCCAAAUGGAGAAGGAGCAGUUGGUUCAUCAGAAGACGAUCUGUCUGACUUCACUGAAGAUGAAACCGAUUGCCAGUUGAAUGGAACUGACACCCAUGAAAUUGGCACCUGCAAGGCACUUUAUGACUACAAGUCGAAAAGGGAGGACGAGCUGAGCAUUUGCACAGGCGACCUCCUCGCUAUCCACCAAAAGGGUACAGACGGCUGGUGGUACGGAUCCUUAAACGGCCAGCGAGGUUACUUCCCGUCUACGUAUGUCGAGGAGCUGCCACAGUUCAACAUAAACAAGUCGUCAGAGGCGUGAGGACCCUUAAAUUGGCUUUGUCGUAGCAUUGCUGGAGGAUCAGCUGGUUGCAUUUUGAUACACUUCUUGACUUGGUCUUCUGUGAAUGCUGUUUGUUUUUUUGGGGGGGCUUGUGACCCAAAUUAUUUAAAAUUGUUUUAUUUUAAUCAUGUGAAGCAGUCAAUCCCAGUGUGAGGGGCUGUAAAGUGUUCUUUUGUAUCCGAAACCAAGGAAUUGAAAUAGCUCAGGCAUAUGAAUCUGAAAAGAGGCAAAUAUAAACCUUUUAUUAAA